AUGGCCGAAUCGGUUUUCAGAGCCUCGAGCACACAGGAUCCAAAGCCCAUCACAUCCAACGCAUUCGAAAAGUCGCGUCCCCGAAAAAAGGCCCGAAGAUCCUGCUCGAACUGCCAACGCGCACACAAAACAUGCGGAAACGAACGACCAUGCAACCAAUGCGUGAAGCGCGGAAUCGGUCUAUCCUGCGUCGACGGAAACCGAAAGCCACCAAAGUACCUUCUCUGUGACCUGGAGAAGCCCGGCCCGUCUGCACGAGUACCGCAGAAGCAGAUUAAUAAAAUUAUUGAGCCCACAGAUGACUCUGCCUUUGUUGAGUUCAUCGACCCAACACUUCUCCACGGCGAGAGUCCAAGCUCGGGCCUCGAGAACCAAGCCACGAUGAGACUAUAUUGGGAUGACAAUGGGAAUAUCAGUCCCAUUGGGGGUUCCAACCAGUUGAAAAGUCCCCUGUCUGAGCAGGACGCAGGUCCUAAGACUCCAGAGGAUAUGAAUAUGUGCGGAGGAGUAGAGUUCCAGCCACAGAUUUUCAAUGGGGAUGGCUACGAUGGGCGCUCUCAUGGUGGUAUUCAUGGCAGGAGUCCAAGCCAUGGGAUUUCGAUCAGUAGUGGCUGGUCAGAGACGUUCUUCCCCUGUGGGGUGGAUGAGGAGACUGAGGGGGUGAAAAGGAUGGCGAGGAGUGCAGAGUAUGGGUUGGCAUUGCUUUGAUUUGGCGUUGGCUUUUCUG